CAAAAACAAAAUCAAUCAAAACAACCUCAAAACGAGGGAAAAUAUAAGAUAGGAGGAUCAAAGCAUUCCGUGAGGUUUGAUUUCAGUAUGAGACUGCAUUUGAAGAAUGGAAAGGCUAGUUGUGAAACGUUUCAAUGGUAACAACCAUCAUCUAACAGUUCUUUCUCCCCAAAUCUUGUAUGGAAACCAUGAAACUUUCAACCCUUCCUUCAUGCACAAAUUUCAAUCAAUGUCUCUCAAUAGCUGUGAUGGUUUGCUAUCUUUCGAUGAUUUCAAUGGCAACAUUGUUCUUUGCAACCUAACAACUCAAGAGCUUAAACACCUCCCCCCCUCCAACGUGCCCCGCCCUCCCGGGAUAACCCGGACCAUCUCCCACGGCAGUGGAUUCGGGUAUGACCCCAAAUCCAAGGACUACAAAGUCAUAACCUACAUGCUCCACUAUUGGGAGGACGAGGAAGGCCACUACCUCGAUGACACGACGAAAGUCGAGUUAUACUCGCUAGGAAGCAAUUCAUGGAAGGAGAUCCAGAGCCCUCAUUCCAUGAAUUGCCCCAAGUCGGGCUCAGCAUUUGUCAACGGGUGUUACUACCGGAUGGCGUGCCUUGACUCGGGUGUCGUGGUUGAGUCAUUUGAUUUUGCUAGCGAGACGUUGUCGUCCUACCCCUUGCCACCAAACAUUGAGGGGUCAGACUCUGCCUUUCACCUUGUCAAGUUUGAUGACUCGUCGUUGGGGGCCGUUGGGUACGAGAGGUCGGGCUCUACUAAGGCGUUCGAGCUUUGGGUGUGGAGAGAGGGGAAGUGGGGAAGAGUGUAUGGUGUUGCUAACCUUUCUCAUGUGGAGAGGCCAUUGGGGUUGAGGAAUGGUAGAUUGCUUUUUCUUGAAAGGAAAAUGAGUGAUAACUUAAGUCAUGUGGUGGUUUAUGAUUGGAUUACUAAAGAGUUGAAGAAACUUGAGAUAUAUGACUAUCCGGGUUGUAUGAGUAUCAGUUCUUAUGUUGAGAGUAGAUUUGCACUACCGGAUUCAAAGCCAAUCAAUUAAAGUAUGAUGCUCGUUUUAGGUCUCGUGGACAUUAGCGGGCACAUAUGUUGUUGGGAGGGGCUCGAGCCCCUACCAACUCUGUGUUAAAUACUCUUUCUAUAGGAUUAUUAGAAUUUUAUGGUUUUUGUGAUAAUUUUAAUGUAGAAAGCUUUAUCAAUCAAUCUACUU